AUGGAUGCAAAGCUCAGAACAUCCGUUAUAAAUGAUUUCCAAUUUAUCCGCGGCGACUUCCUAUUUCAUCUUCAAAGAUACGGCGAAGGCCAAAUUGAAGACAGAACUCUCUCCGACAUCCAAAUUGAACUCCGCCGUUUACGAAACACCCUUUCUAUGUGGUCACUAAUUCCUGGGAGUCAAGGAACAGGAAGUCUGACUUGUUUCGAGACUCGCUGCAAAUGCCUUGCCGAUGCUACUGAGCAAAUCGCCGAUACUUUUACUGACGGUCACCACAACGUUACCGAGUUCGGAUUGAAAAUGUUCGAAAUGCUCACGUUACAACUUGGACGGCUUACCCUUGAGGAUUCUAUUGGUAUUGAUGAAGAGGCAGGUGAGUGGGCUAUUAAGGCGGAGAUGGAGCAGCGAAAGUGGGAAUCGAGGAAUCCUGCAGACGAUACUCGGAAUGAGACCAUGCUUCGAAAUCUCUGGGCUCGAAUGCAUUUCAAGAUGAUUUGUCCUUGUCGGCAAUGCUUGGACUUUUUCAUCCCGGGGAAUGGGCAGGUGCCUCUGAAGGCGAUCAUUGUUACUCCUCGGAUCAGCCCUUCUCCUGAGGUUUUCUUGGUGGAUGGGUGGGAGGAGAAGUAUAUCUGA